AUGUACCGGCUGGUGGGCACAAGGCCUGCCGCCAGGUGUGAUCACCAGUGCUCACCCGGUCACCCGAUAUACCGGCCGAUGGGCACAUGGCUUGCCGCCAGGUGUGAUCACCGGUACCCACCCGAUAUACCGGCCGAUGGGCACAAGGCCUGCCGCCGGGUGUCCUGGAUCCGGCGACGCGACUUCCACGUGCUGACGUCUCGUUCGCACGUGUUCACCGCCGACGAGCGGGUGUCGGUGCAGCACAGAGUGGCCGGUGACGAGGACUGGGCGCUAUCCAUCUGGCCGGUGACAGCGGCUGACAGCGGCGUCUAUGAGUGCCAGGUGUCAACCGGGCAGGGCACGCUUUCGCGUCUUGUUAACCUCACAGUUGUGGAGCCGAUUGCCAGAAUAUUGGGAACUGAGGUUCACAGGAUAGAAGAGGGCUCGGUGAUCACCCUUCUCUGCGUUAUAGACCAGGCGACAUCGGAGGUGGGCCCCAUCCAGUGGUGGCGCAACAACCGGACACUGGUGGCCAGCGGACGGGUGACGGUGCAGUCCAGCUCGGACGGCACCGCCGGCAGUCCCCAGUCGCAGCUGCACAUCCGGCGCGCCUCGUUCCUCGACAGCGGCCUCUACACGUGCGGCGGCGACCACCUGCUGUCCGCCACCGUCCAGCUGUUCGUGACCGAAGGUGAUAAAACGGCGGCCAUCCAACGCCGCAGCCCGGCCGGCUCGCGGGCGGCGCCCGCCCAGCUCACUCUGCUGUUGCUGUGCUGGCUCGUGCCCCGGUGAUGGCGCCGGCUGCCUCGAGCCGGCCUGUGACUCUCCAGACUUCCGUCUCGCUCGAGCGGCGCCGGUCCCAGCGGCCGCCGGAGCCGGACGCCGUAACCUUCCACCGCGGCGCUCCUGUGGGGGCAGCCCUUCGAGGAACACCGUGACGUGCGCCGGGCGGACGCACCUGCUCCCCGAACAUCAGACGACUGUCAAAUGCAGAGCGGUGAGUCGCGGGUAGAUUGAGUUUCUCCACGUGGCUGGCAGUCUGCUA